AUGGACGCCACCAUGGGGAGCAUUGCCCCUACAGGGCUCAAGGGAAAGCUGGCUGCUCUGGAGGACUUCAUCUCCAUGCAAAAUGAAGAGCUGGCGGCACAGCGUCAGGAGAUUGAAAGUCUUCGCGGAGACAAGGCUGGCAUUGAGGAGCACUACCAGGGGCAGUUGCAAGAGCUCAAGAAGACCAUGGUCGGAGACGUUCAACGUUUGCAGGAUGAAGUCAAGCGGCACUUUGCUCAGCAAAAGGCGGAGAACUCACGCUUGCAGCAGCAAAUCACCACUCUGAAGGGAGAGAAGACGUCAUUGCAGCAACAGAUUCUGGGGCUGCAGAGGCGCGUGCAGGAGAUUGAAGAGCAGGUGGGCGCCGAUUGA